AUUGCAAACCGACGUGAGAUUAGAAAAACUACGAGGCAAGAUUAGAAAAAUUCCCGAGUCACGAUAACAAAGUUCAUACACGUUCGAACAACGAUCUUUCGAAAAGCACACGAUGUCGGAGCAUUAUCUCGUCAGUGUUCGACUCGUCAGCGUCGGCUGAUUCAUGUUCCACGACUGUCGCCGAUCAUCGCGAGUGGAAAGCCUUUAGCCUUUGGAACACAAACACACACCGGUGUCAGCCGAUGGUAAACAGUCGAUCGGCGAUCAUCGUGCCGUUUAGACGUUCGUAAACGUCCAUAGAAGCUACGAGUGUGAGAGUGGACGCGCGAGUGCGAUUAACCGGCACGGACCGCGAUUACGCUGUCUGUCUAGCAGCCAGCGUGUCAGCGUGCCAACGUACCACCGUACCAAAGCGUGUAUCACCAGCGUGUGCAUCACGCCCACGUUUCUAUUUCCCUGCUAAUCGAAUUCGGCCAUGAGGAUCCUCGUCUGACCGAUCUCAUCGUCUGCAACGUCUCGACCGGCUUCGAUAUCAGCGUCGCCCUAGCUUCCAAAUUUCGAGCAUAUAUUUUCGGAGGAGGAAACGCCGGACCAUGAAUUCGAACACUCCCAGGCACGAACUGUACAAUUUGAGACCGUGGAUGCAGCCGGGUGGAGGUGGCGCGGCCCACGCAGGUGGGACAGGUGACGACGAGGCUCCGAAAGAUCCCGGUGUUCGGAUCACUCAUCAAUCUUACACCGAAAAAGACUACGAAGGUCACAGAGCGCACACGGUGUAUGUGGGCGUGCAUCUGCCAGGCGAAAGGAGACACCGUCGCCAUCACAAGCACCAUCAUUCCCAACGUCAAACGUACAGUGCCGAUAAGGAGAAUGUCGACAACGAUAGGCCCAGACAAUUGCUGAUGACUCGAAGGAGUCGACUAUCUAGUAUCUGCGACCCCGACGGCGAGAUGAUACUUACACCGCCAGCCCAGAGGGUGCAGUUCAUCCUGGGCGAGGAAGUCGGGGACGAUGCACACGAGUCGCAUCCUCUCUUCUCCGAAAUGGAGGAGCUCGUCAGGGACGGCGACGAGAUGGAAUGGAAGGAAACGGCCAGGUGGAUCAAGUUCGAGGAAGACGUGGAAGAGGGUGGAAAUAGGUGGAGCAAACCUCACGUAGCGACUCUCUCGUUACACGCUCUGUUCGAGCUGAGGAGCCUGCUGUUAAAUGGAACUGUGAUGUUGGACAUGGAGGCGGCCAGUUUGGAGCAAAUCACCGAUCUGGUUCUCGACAACAUGAUCAACAAGGGCUCCCUGCCGAUCGAAGCCAGGGAAAAGGUGAGGGAAGCUCUUCUGGUGAGGCACCGGCAUCAACACGAGAGACGCAAAGACAACAACAUGUCCAGGCUACCUAUCAUCAGAUCGUUGGCCGAGAUAGGUCGAAAUCAUUCCUCUUCGAAGAAUUUCAACUGUACAUGUGGUUUGCAUGCGUUGUUGACGUCAGAUUUACAGGAGCGUCGCGACGCUAGGGACGCCUACGCGCCCUCCGUCGCUCGCAGCAGCAGUUGCCCAAAUUCGAACACUGCUCUGCUCUCGAAAGAGGCGAAAGAUCUGAAAGGACCGUACCUUCUAGUUCCAGACGAAUUCGGCAUUCCCCACGUGGUCGGAUUCACAACAUGGUUCGCGAUGUGUCAACUAAAAGUGGAGGAAUCGAAUUCCGCCCCGGCGAUCGCCGGCGCAACAAGUCACGGCAGUGGGCCAACGCUGAAUGCCGGUAGCCGCUUCCUUGCCAUACCCGGUAACCCCGGCCAAGAACCAGGCAGCAACGGGAUGGACCGGAGUCCAAGCAGCGUAUCAAUUAGUCGGAAUCACAGUUCGUCCGCCUUGGAGAACGGGGACGCGAAUCACAAGGGUAAUACUCAUUUUAUGCGGAAAAUACCAGCUGGGGCCGAGGCGAGCAACAUUCUCGUAGGGGAAGUGGAUUUUUUAGAUAAAACUCUGUCAGCCUUCAUUCGGCUAAGCCAAGCGGGAAUAAUGGGCGACUUGACGGAAGUUCCUGUGCCAACAAGAUUUAUAUUCGUCCUGCUCGGACCUACGGGAGGAAUCACCGGUUUUCACGAGAUCGGCCGCGCUAUGGCGACCUUGAUGUCCGACGAAGUCUUCCACGACGUGGCUUACAAAGCUAAGAACAGAAACCAUCUGCUUGCCGGAAUCGACGAGUUCUUGGACGCUGUUACGGUUUUACCGCCAGGGGAAUGGGAUCCUACGAUCAGAAUAGAACCGCCUGCCGCCAUUCCUUCGCAGGAUGUAAGAAAGCGACCAAAGGAGGAAAAACCGAAGGAAGAGCUGGACGAGGAAGCGGACGAGCAAAAAUUGAGGGAGGAAUCCGGUCUCUCGCGAAGCGGCAGGCUUUUCGGCGGUUUGAUAAACGACGUAAAGAGGAAAGUGCCGUUCUACUUCUCCGACUUCAAGGACGCGUUGGCUCUACAAUGCGUAGCCUCUUUUAUCUUCCUGUACUUCGCCUGCCUCUCGCCUAUAAUUACGUUCGGUGGUUUGCUCGGCGAAGCAACCGGCAAAAACAUGGCUGCGAUGGAGUCGCUGGUUUCCGGUUUUGUUUGCGGUAUCGGCUACGGAUUUUUCUCUGGACAACCACUCACCAUUCUCGGCUCCACCGGCCCAGUUUUAGUCUUCGAGACGAUAGUCUACGAAUUUUGCAAGAAAUCGGAUUGGAACUACAUGUCGUUUCGCUUCUGGAUCGGUUCGUGGAUAACCCUGAUUCUUCUGAUUCUCGUGGCGAUCGAUGCCAGUGCUUUCGUGUGCUACAUCACGCGAUUCACCGAGGAGAACUUCGCCACCUUGAUCGCGUUUAUCUUCAUCUACAAGGCCAUCGAAAACGUAUUGUCCAUCGGCAAGAAGUACCCUUUGAACACUCACGCGAACGAGCCGUUCAACUACGAAUGUUGGUGUAAACCGCCGAAUGGCAGCCUGCCGUCUAGCUACGACAACGUUAAUUGGACGGCGCUCGAUCAAAAAACAUGCCAGAGUUACAACGGCACGCUGAUGGGCGACGGUUGCAACCUACCGCACUACAUACCCGAUGUGUUCCUCAUGUCAAUUAUACUAUUCAUGGGCACAUUCUUGUUAUCCAUCGAGCUCAAAGAUUUCAAGAACGCUCUCUUCUUUCCGUCGAAGGUCAGGCAGGUGGUGAGUGAUUUCGCGGUGAUCAUCGCGAUAUUUUCGAUGAGCACGCUCGAUCAUAUCGUGAAUAUCCCGACGCCGAAGCUCGAGGUACCGGAGGAAUUCAAGCCGACGUUGGCCGAUCGGGGAUGGAUCAUCUGGCCUUUUCAAAGUAACCCGUGGUGGAGCGCCAUCGUCGCGUGUCUGCCAGCUCUCCUAGGCACUAUACUGAUUUUUAUGGAUCAACAAAUUACAGCGGUGAUAGUCAAUAGGAAGGAGAACAAGUUAAAGAAAGGAUGCGGCUAUCAUUUGGAUCUGUUCAUUCUCGCGAUCCUCAUCGAAAUCUGCUCGGUAAUGGGAUUGCCUUGGUUCGUCGCGGCGACCGUACUCUCCAUCAAUCACGUGAACUCGUUGAAGUUGGAAUCGGAGUGCGCCGCACCCGGUGAAAAGCCACAGUUCCUCGGUGUCCGCGAGCAACGAGCCACCCAUAUCUUGAUCUUUUUGAUGAUCGGCUGCUCGGUGCUGCUCACGCCGAUGUUGAGACACAUACCGAUGCCAGUAUUAUUUGGUGUUUUCCUUUACAUGGGAGUUGCUUCGCUAAAGGGGCUGCAAUUUUUCGACAGGAUUCUGAUCAUGCUGAUGCCGGUUAAAUAUCAACCCGACUAUAUGUUCCUCCGACAGGUACCGUUGAAGCGAGUUCAUCUGUUUACAACGAUACAAUUGACUUGUUUGGCCUGCUUGUGGAUCAUUAAAUCCUUCAGCAGCACGUCCAUUCUGUUCCCUUUGAUGUUGGUGGUGAUGAUCGGUAUACGCAAGUCUUUAGACUUGAUGUUCACUCAACGCGAGUUGAAGAUCCUGGACGACGUAAUGCCGGAACCGAGCAAGAAACACGCCGACGAUCUUCGACAAUUGGAGAGCGGCGAGGAACAGAACGAGUCCAUGGGAUACGGACCGUCAGGAAAUAUACAGAUCUCGUUAGCGAACGGCAACAUCAUGAAGAUCCCGAUGGCGAGCAUCAAUAUUAGCGAGGAGGUGAACAAAACCGGGAUUUGGCAGCAAGUGAACGAAGGGAACGACAAAAUGAAACAAGUGAAACUGAUCAACGCGGGAAAGCAAAAGAAGCAUUCGAAGAAAGAGAACUCGUUGAUGGCCGACGAGACUACGAGGCUGACUACGAUGACCGAGGAGGACGAAGACGACAGUGGGAUCUCUAUCAAGGUAGACUUGAUACGCUCGAAGGAAAGCAUCAGCCCGUUAACGAUUAACGGCACUACCUCGGCCGAGACUUCCGUCUAACGAAAGCAACGCUACAUUGGGAAACGAUCGCUCGGUCGUUUAACUGAAGAUUUUUCCGUUUUCUCUUUGGUUCCAGCUAAACGAUACAAAGCACGUCUCGAUUUCCAUCGUACGCGUUAUGGUAAAAA